AUGGUUGAUAAACAUGAUGGGUUGAGGCAUGGCAGAGAAGAGCCUUCUACUUUUGGGUCACGUGCUUCUCUUCAUGCCACUUCAUCUUCUUCUCCCCAUAGGAGACAUGAUUCACCAUCUGACGCAUCUCUCCCUUCAUCCUCCCGCGGGUGUCAGGUUUCACCAGUGCCACCUCCUACCAAUGAUGUUGUUAUUCUAGUCUCACCUCCUGUCCCACCUCAUAUUGAUGAUGUUGUUGAUCCAAUGCCACCUCCGGAGGGUGAGGCUGUUACGGAUGUUGAGCCAGAGUCUUUUGAAGGUGGUCCAGUUGAUUUAUCCUUACUGCCUUUGUAUCCAGACCAUACUACCAGACAUAUCUGGGAUGGAGAGGAGCGUGGUCUGCAAAAGUUUCUUAACCACGGGAGGAAGAUUGUUGCAUUGCCUCAACCGAAUGAGGAAUGGUUUCAUCCAGUUUUGUCCUUAUCUGUCCUAAAGAACUUGUGCAUGACCGGUUAUACUAUGGUCAACCACAAGAUUCUUAAUGCAUUCGCGGAGACAUGGCACUCAGAGAGCUCGUCGUUUUAUCUCCUGCAUGAUGAGAUGUUUAUCACACUCGAUAAUGUCUCGUGUUUGCUACAUCUUCUGAUCAGGGGGAUAUUCCUAGAUCAUGGGAGGAUGACCAAAGACGAGGCACUCGAGGUUAUGGUAGAGUACCUGGGGGAUGAUCUAGGGGAGGCGAUGGAUGAGUUGGAUAAGACCAGAGGUGCUCAUGCUAGAUUUAUAAGAAAAAAGGUAUAUGAGGAUGCGCUCCUGAGUGCACAACAUGCUGAUGGUGAUGAUGAGGAGGUGGCGUUCUAUAGAUCGUAA